CGAAUUUCUUCAUUUGGGAGUGAACGAAGGGGACGAGAAAAUAGUGGUUAAUGUUGGUGGCUUCCGACAUGAAGUGAUGGCAAGCACACUCAACAUGGCGCCCGACACCCGGCUACAUUGGGUGGCACAGAAAAAUACACAAAGUCCUAAUUAUGAUCCUAUAGCGGGAGAAUUUUUCUUUGAUCGUAAUCCUCUUUGGUUCCCUUAUAUUUUAAAUUAUUACCGAGUUGGUAAAAUACACUGUCCCUCAGAUGUAUGUGGAGCUGAGUUUUCAGAAGAGUUGCAGUUUUGGGGAAUAGAAGAGACAGCCAUCAGUUGGUGUUGUUCAGACAAUUAUCAUAAACGGAAAGAAGCGAAUAUGAAUCUACAAUCCAACAUCGUCUCGCCAAAUCAUGAUUUCAACAAUGAGAGCUAUGUUUCUUCUUUACCAUCGCCACCUGCUACAAGAAAAGGGCGUUUAAAGCAGGGUUACAAAAAUGGCUUGUCGAUUAUUUGGUCGAUUUUAGAAUAUCCGGAUACUUCAAGGUUCGCACAGAUUUUCGCUUUUAUCUCGAUGAUGUUUAUCGUUCUAUCAGUAAUAGUGUUUUGUUUGGAAACUGUUGAUUAUUUCUCGAAAACUCCUGCUUCAUUCCAAGCACAAGCGCUAGUUACCAUAGAAACUAUUUGCGUCGUUUGGUUUACCUUCGAGUUUAUCAUACGGCUAAUAACAUGUCCAGAUAAAGUAAAAUUCGCCCAAAAUCUCAUGAAUUGGGUGGAUCUUUGCGCAGUUGCACCAUUUUUUAUCUCGCUUACUGUAUCUGAAAACGUGAAAACAAUUAUUGUUCUCAGGAUUACUCGACUAAUUCGAGUGUUUCGAAUUUUAAAACUUUCCCGCCAUUCGUACGGUUUGCAAGUACUUGGUCAUACAUUGAAGGCGAGUUUCCGCGAGUUGUGUUUACUCGCAUUCUUCUUACUCAUUGGAGUAAUCAUAUUUUCAAGCCUCGUGUAUUACGCCGAAAAAGAUUCCAACAGUAUAAUGUUUCCUUCUAUACCUGCAUCAUUUUGGUGGAGCAUUGUUACUAUGACAACAAUUGGAUAUGGCGACGUCGUUCCUAUCACGUUUCCAGGCAAAUGUGUUGGUGUUUUGUGUGCACUGUGUGGCGUACUUGUUAUAGCUUUGCCCGUCCCUGUUAUUGUCAGCAAUUUUUCAUUGUAUUAUUCGCAUUAUCAAGCUAAGCUCAGAUCAGACGACAAAGAAACAGAUUUGAAAAAUAAUGCUGUAAGAAAAUUUGCAUCGGUACAUAGCUGGUUAAGUUCAGGAUUGUUGAAUCCCCUAUCUGUUCCGCAAAGUAGCUUCUGCACCGCGUCGACACAAAUACCAAUUACACCAACAGUGCAUUCUUACAGCAGCAUGCACCAGUAUGACAACUACUCGUUCCAUAAUUCUGCCCCAUCUAGUCCAUCCUCAAACAAUCUACUUCAUGAAAAGAGAGACAUGAAAACAGGAAUUAUUAAAAAUACUUUUGCUUUAAAUAAAUUUCCAGAGAAGCGAGAACAGAAUGGAAAUUUUUCGUUUAGUAAUAUUAGAAAAUUGAGUAGAGUUUAUCCAGAAAUUUCGAAAAGAGAAAGCAUGCCCUCAUCAACAGCCGAUGAAAGGGAUUCAGUUCCUAAGUUCAAAUAUAAUCAAUUGAUUAUACAAGUCGAUCCCCCCAGUGUUUAUUCCAAUAACAAUGACGACAAAGUGUCCGAUGAGAUAAAAUACGAACCAUCACCGGCAAAAUACGAGCCAUCAACGACAAAAAACAAAGACACUUCGGUAAUUUUUAAAUUCAAACCGAGCACGAAGAAAAUCACGAAGAACUCAAGUGUCUCACAGAAUCAUUUUUUAUCGCCACAUUUGAAUAGUUCUCACCGUGGAUCAGUAAGUUCUGGUUACAACAGUGCCACACCUAAUUCUGCUCUCAGUGUCGACAGUAUAAGCGAAUCACUAGCUAGUAUACAGGCCAAAAGCCCUUAUGGCAGAAUGGGAAGACGCAACGGUGUCAUUAUGGCCAGUGUAUUCGGCGUAAAGUGGAAGAAAAAGACGUUUGACAGUAAUAAGAACAAGACAUAUAUUUUUCACCAACCUGAUAUUCAUAGUACAAAACAAGCAAAACCUUUAAAAGAAGCAUCUAGUGAGCAUCCAUCCACUAUACGUUUAUCACCGGUGGAGACUUCUGCCCUACACGUGCGUAGACAGCGCCAGAGAAGCGAAAGUGUGCCAGAAAAUCUAAUUAUGAAGAUUAACGCGGGAAAAAAAAAUAGCCUGGAUCCAUCGAUAUGUUUUAAAACUAAAAACACCAAUCAAAAGUCACCGUGUGCAGGUGAUUGGUCACCAGGUGCCGUAUCAUUACCAACAUGUGAAACUUCGCUGAUGUACACACCUGUCCCGGUGUCCCCAAAAAUGAGUCCGAAAGCAGCGGAUGAAGUAAUGUGCUUGUAA